AUGAAGCCCCCAAAUGUGUCCAGUGUCACUGAAUUUCAGCUGCUAGGAUUCCAGAACCUUCUUGGAUGGCAGACACUGCUCUUUGCCAUCUUCCUGUUCAUCUACUUUCUCACAGUCACAGGAAAUGUUGUUAUUAUUGCAGUGGUGAGCCAGGACCAGCGGCUGCAUUCACCCAUGUAUGUAUUUCUCAAACACCUCUCAUUUCUGGAGAUCUGGUAUACAUCCACCAUCGUGCCCCUUCUCCUAGCCAACCUGUUCUCUCACAGCCAAGCCAUCUCCUUUCCUGCCUGUAUGGCACAGCUUUACUUUUUUGUGUUCUUUGGGGCUACUGAGUGCUUUCUUCUGGCCAUGAUGGCCUAUGACCGAUACCUGGCCAUCUGCAGCCCACUCCACUACUCUUUCCUGAUGAGUUCUGAGAUCUGCACCAGGUUGGUGGCAAUCUCCUGGUUGACAGGUGUUGGCACAGGAUUUCUGCCCUGCCUAAUGAUUUCCAAAUUGGAUUUCUGUGGUCCUAAGCAGAUCAAUCAUUUCUUCUGUGAUCUCCCUCCCCUCAUGCAGCUCUCAUGUUCCAAUGUGUAUGUCACCAGGAUGGUCAUCUUCAUCCUGUCAAUUGCAGUGCUGUGCACUUGCUUUCUUCUUACACUUGUGUCCUAUGUUUUCAUUGUAUCUACCAUACUAAGAAUCCCUUCAGCAUCUGGACGGAUGAAGACCUUUUCCACAUGUGGCUCCCAUUUGGCUGUUGUCACUAUCUACUAUGGGACCAUGAUCUCCAUGUAUGUUUGCCCCAAUGACCACCUGUCAUCUGAAAUCAACAAGAUCAUUUCUGUCUUCUACACUGUGGUUACCCCACUCCUGAACCCUGUUAUCUACAGUUUGAGGAACCAAGAAUUCAAAGAGGCUGUUAGAAAAGUCGUGAGAAAAAAGUGCAGUAUCUAUGGAGUAAGAGUGAAGGGGAGUUUCUUUGUUAGGUAA